AUGGGGUCUUGGCCGGGUCGGAUGAAGGAUCCAUAUCCAACCUACAAAGGGAGGAGGAAAGGGGACAUUCGGCCCUCUAGCACUGUGGAGCUGGAUCUUCAUGCCGAUCCACUGGGUCCAGGUCCAGGCACCACGUCGUUCUUAAGCUUUCCCCACAGGAGGUUAUCUCAACCUGGUACCUUGGGAGGUCACGAUGAUCAUGCAGAGCGCAACAGUAUUGUGAGCAGACUCUUGCACGGACCGGCCGGUUCUCAUAGCGAUUCCUUUAGGGACACGGAUGCUGAUGUUUUGCCCUCUCCAACGAACCCAACAGAGCAUUCAGACAAUCUACAGGAGGACCGGGGACAGGGUUGGAAGUCGCAAGCUUCCCACCAGCCUAGCGAAACUCGUGACCAUGUUCCGUCACUUGGACCCAGUUCCGCAAGUGGGCGGCUGAUCGAACAAUUAGAGGCUGUCUCCGCUAGAAGGCUUCGGGCGCGAGAAAUGCGCGUUGCUCUACGCUACAAGCGAGAAGAUGAAGGAAAGCAUAGAGCCGCGUUGAUGAAGAGACUCAACUCGCUUCUCGCACAAGAUCACCAGCUCGCUAACCUGAUUGAAGGGCUUGAGUCGGCCACGGAAUCAUACUUGGACCUGGAGCAAACGUAUCAUCGGACGGAAGACGAGCUGGAUCAAGAGGAGUAUGUGCUCAUCCAAUCUAUGCAGCGGUUCGCGAAAUCAUUGCGUGAGUCGCCACCAGGACUAUCGAAGGUAACCCUUCAGGCUGAAAGCAGCGCCUCCGAUGAUGGCGCACUCUCGUUCCAUGAUGAACCUCAGGAAUACCCACCUGCCGUGUUUGAUUACCUCUCGCGAGUGGGAGACGCGCGGAUACUACAAGAGCGCUUGGCGGAGCUUGAUUCACAGUGGUACACCAUUGUUGACAAACAAAGGCUACGAAGCUCGCUCAAUAUCUCUUUGGAUGAGGAGUCUCUCCAAUUCCUGCGGUCAUACGACGGGUCAAGGACGCAAAUUCGGAAGGAACUCCACGAGACAAUGCUGGACAUUGUCCGUCUCCGGGCUAUCUGCGACGAACGAGGGCUCCGGACCGAAGAAUACACCGGAGACAUGGAUUUUCUAUAUGGAAUGGGCCUUGAAGAAGUGGCAUCCCAACCCGAAGAUCCUCUGAAGACUUCAGCGAUUGACGACUCUUCCCCCUUCUACGAGCCAGGGUCUGCUAAAGUCAGCAGUGCCAUGUUUAUAAAUAAGUGGCUCCUGCAUCAACUCCGACACUCAUCGGUAGAAAUCUCACGUCUCAAAGCCGCCCCAGAACUCCAGCAGUUGUCGGACGAAGGGUGGGAUGAUGCAAAUAUCAGUCGCUUGGCCCUGACGGUGUGGUUCUCAGACGAUACAGUUCGGAACUCCCCGCGGACUUUGUCCCAAACCGAUGAUUAUGAUUACACGGGCGCUACCGAGAGAAGCAAGGCCACUAGACCUCGGCUACAGAAAGGCAAGUCUGAGCCUGGCAUUACUCCAAAAAAGGGAGUCUCCUGCGCCUCACCUCUGCGCACUUUAUCGCUCUAA